AUGGCCCGGUUGUUUUUUUACAUUUUCCUCGUUGCCAUUUGGGUGAAUUCCUCUCAUUUCACAGCUGCAUUCGGCGAAACAACGCCGAUACCGCAUGAUGACGAACACCAUGACGGACAGCCGUACGACGCCGAUGAUGUCUUUGACGGAAUCGUUUCGUACCUGGACGACUUGGAGCGGAGGAUACGCCAGGAAAAUGGUGUAAAUAGAACGAUUAGUUUCGAAUUGGUUGACUUAAUGUUGGAUACCCUCGUGGCGAAGUUCGAUUGCCCAUUCGAAAGUAUGACGCAGUGUACGCAGUGUUUCAAGGCAGACAAUUUUACCGCAUCGUUGGGAACAAGUUCGAGUUUGAGCGAUGAAGACCUGCGUAAUGCCUUCGUCGUAUUGGUUUAUAAGUUUGCUAACAUCGAGUCCGUGUGCAAAGACUCGAGCGAUCCGAGUGCAAAACUCGCCCAGCGGUACUGGGGUCAACUACUCAACAACUCGGUGGAAAACGGUAUAAACGAAGAGGAGCUGGUCGGUAUUCUGCACAAUAUCAGCGUAUACUAUAAAUCGGAUAGUUCAGUGCAGUGUUUUGACGCUGAUUCCUUGCUAUAUAAUAUUGGAGUGACUGAAGUGACAGACUGGCACGAGGUAGAAAGCUUGUCAACAUUAAUCAUAUGGAGUCUGUUACAAGGACACUGUAUUGGGACAUCGGAAUUACCGGAACCAGAUUCUUUCCUGGAUGACUUAUAUCAACGUUAUGGAAUUAAUGGAACCAUUGAUGAAAACAAUUUUGAGGUGAUUCUGGAAAAGCUUGGAAUUGGGACUCCGGACACUGAUGAAGAUCAUGACGAUCACGAUGAUCAUGAUCACGAUCGUAAAAAACGAUUCAUGGAUGAUAUGCCGGUGUUUAGAUCAUCACGUCACAAACGUCACAUCACAGAUGAAGAGCAUUAUCAUCAUGGGAACGACAUUACCGUGAUCGAAGAUCAUCAUCAUGAUCAUCAUGAAGCUGAAGAACUUGAUUGUUAUUCGGGGGAAGAUUUGAUGACUAUAUAUGACAUUGACCAUGACACUGGCAUAUCAGCGUCUCAGUUCAUAUCAAUAUGCCCUGCGUUAUUGCAACAAGUUUUGUCAGAUGCUUGUGUACACCACUAUGAGGAAGAGAAACAACAACUCACCACAGCACAAAAAUAUGGUUAUGGAACAUUAUCUGUCUUCAUUAUCAGUCUACUUGCUGUUCUUGGUUUAGUAUUUAUUCCAUUUCUAAAUAACCGUGUGUACAAAGAAGUUUUGCAAUUUUUUAUAGCACUCGGUGUUGGGUCGCUGGCGGCCGACGCUCUCAUACAUCUUAUGCCUCAGGCAUAUGGUCUUCACUCCCACUCCUCCCACGGCUCAAAUAGUCAUGAAAGUGAGAAUGAAGGAACUGACCAUAUAUGGAAAAGUGUGGUUGUUAUGGUAUCGGUGUAUGCAUUGUUUCUUUUUGAGAAGAUUUCUACUAUCUAUAUGACAAGAUUACACAAGAUUGAUGAUAUAUGUGAUGAGGAGCAUGGCAACCAUCCACACUCCGUACAUGGACACUCGCAUACAAAGAAACCUGUGUCACUAUUAGAUGCAAAGAAAGCUGACACAACAAAACCACUAGACCAGAUAAAGCCAUCAGAGUCAAAGCAAUACUUGACACCAGAGGAGGCUGCCACUAGCAACGGUGAUAUUCAGAAAAGCAAGGAAGAUGAACCACAAAAGAAACAAGUAUCUUCUGUUAUAUUUGUGGUGGUAAUUGGUGAUAUCUUACAUAAUAUCAGUGAUGGACUUGCUAUCGGUGCCGCCUUCUCUGCUGGCGUAUUUGUCGGUAUUUCCACAUCUAUAGCCGUGUUCUGCCAUGAAUUACCUCAUGAAUUAGGUGACUUUGCUAUCCUAAUGAAUGGUGGUCUUAAUUACAAAAUGGCUUUGUUGUGUAACUCCCUUUCUGCAAUGUGUGCAUUUAUUGGUUUGUACAUUGGUCUUUCAAUCGGAGCUGAUGAAUCGGCAAGACAGUGGAUAUUUGCGAUAACAGCCGGAAUAUUCCUUUACAUAGCCCUAGUAGAUCUGAUGCCAGAGAUAUUGCAUUAUCAAAGUGACAAACCAGUUCUUACAUUCAUUCUACAAAAUAUGGGAAUCAUUCUUGGCAUUGUUAUCAUGGUUCUUAUUGCGUAUUACGAAGAAGAUAUAGUUAUAUCUGCCAAUUGA